AUGGACGACGACGGCCUCACCAGGCUGCGCAGCAGUCAAAGCUAUGGCACGAUCAAACCAUCUCGGAAAGACAGCUUCUCCUCCCCCGUCGUGGCCGGACGACGAUACCGCAUGGCUUUACCCUGGGCGACCGCUGACCACGAAUCUCUCCUCAACACCGAGCGGAGUCGAAAUCGGUAUCGCUGGUGGGCAUACUACAUGCCAUUCUUGAGCUGGUUGCCUCAGUACCAGCCACGAUGGUUCCGCGACGAUUUCCUGGCCGCGCUCACAGUGGCUUCGCUGUAUGUGCCGAUGUGCUUUUCUUUCGCCAUCAUCGCGCAGGUGGAUCCGAUCAGUGGGCUAUACGCAUUCAUCAUACACCCGCUGGUGUAUGCAUUCCUCGGAUCCUGCCCGCAGAUGAUCGUUGGGCCUGAGGCGACCGGAUCACUGCUCGUUGGUUCAGUGGUGAGGCAGAUCCAGUCUGCGGCUGGGAGCGAGGAGAGCUAUCUCAACGCUGAGAUAUCUGGGGUCACGACAGCUAUGGCGGGCUUGUGUCUUCUCGUGGCUGGUAUCUCACGGAUUGGCUUCAUCGACAGUAUGUUGAACCGGCCGUUUAUGCAAGGCUUCAUCUCAAGUGUUGGAUUUGUUCUUGUGAUAGAGCAGGCUAUACCGGAACUUGGACUGAAGGAGCUUUCGCGAGAACUGGGUUACUCGCGUUGCAGUGCAGCCUUGAAAGUCUACUUCAUCCUCACCAAUAUCUCGAAAGCGCAUUUACUCACGGCGAUUGUGGCGUUCUCGACAUUGGCCUUUAUCCUGGUCUUCCGAUCAAUGCAGAAAGCCCUGCGCUCAAAAUUUCCUGGCAUAGCUCUGGUGCCGGAUCGAUUGCUCGCUAUCGCUGUGACUACCAUCAUUACCUGGAGGCUCGGUCUCGACAAGCGUGGACUGGAAAUUCUAGGAGCUUUAGGCACUUCUGGCCCGAAACUGCCGACCUUGGACUGGCCGUUUGACAAGUUUGAGUACAUCGAGUUGGUGUUCACGACGUCUUUCUUGUCAGCCUUGUUGGGCUUCUUUGAGUCAUCAGUCACUGCUCGAAGCAUCAAACCUGAGAAGAACGUGCUCCAGAACACACCCCUGAGCGCCAAUCGCGAGCUUAUUGCGCUUGGAACUGCGAACGUAUUAGGCGGCUGCUUCAUGACUCUGCCAGCUUUCGGAGGGUUCGGGCGCAGCAAGUUGAACGUGCAAGCGGGUGGGACCACGCCUAUGGCCAGCGUCUUGCUCAGUGGGAUUACGAUACUUUGCGUCUUCUUCAUAUUGCCCGGAUUAUACUACGUCCCGAAAGCCGUCUUAUCAGCGAUGGCUUCAGCGGUCGGCAUGUCCAUGAUGGAAGAAGUUCCACACGACCUCCGCUUCUUCCUCCGUGUGCGCGGCUGGCAGGAGCUGACAUUAAUGGCGCUGGUCUUCCUUGGUACAGUGUGCUACUCCAUGUCUCUGGGCAUUGCUGUCGGCAUCCUUAUCACGCUUUUCACUCUCGUUCGCCACUCGACGAAGUCUCGCAUACAGAUCCUAGGACGGAUACCAGGGACGACACAUCUCUUCGAAGAUGCCGAGAUCACUCCAGAAGGCGACCAGUUCGACCAAUGUCUGAUCGUUCGGAUCGCCGAACCUCUGACAUUCGCCAACAGCGGUGAUCUGCGAACGAGGCUACGGCGGCUCGAGUGGUAUGGACGACACGACGUCCAUCCUUCACUACCACGCGUGAGGGCAGAAGACGAGAUCUUGAUAUUCGACGUACAGGGUCUGACUGCCAUUGAUGCCUGCGCUGUGCAGGUCCUGACGGAGAUCGUGCAAGAGUACACCAACAGUGGCGCGCAAGUUAUCUUCUGCCGACUGAAGCAGACGCAGGUCAUGGAGAGCUUUGAGCGCAGUGGAAUUGUUGAUAUCAUUGGAGGAUCGGACUAUUUUGUUGAUGGUGUUGAGGAAGCGUUGCAAAUGGCUGGUGUUGCUGAGUGA